AUGUUUGACAUCCUCUGCUUGAGUUCACUCUGUGUUGCAGGUGGGCGAGCGCUUUCUUGGCUCUUCAAGCCGAUACCAUGGCCACCGGGCACGCAGAAAACGCCCCGAGUGGCCGACCUCAAAGCUCCGUCUAAAAGCGCCGAAGAAGAACCGGAAAAGCCAUCGUCCGGGGGUGUAUCUAGGCUGGCGUCGGCCCCUUCGUUGCCUUCGGUGUCUCCGUCUAAGUCUUCGCAGGGAGCCGGAUCGGGUCCUGCGCGUACGUAA